AUGACAUCCAACGGAACCCCCAACAUGCUUACCACACCAACAGUUCCACCCAACAAAUCAAUAUCACCACAACAAACACCCACCUCAAGUAGUCCCCCAACCAAAAAAAUGCGAUCCACAUCACCAGUCCAUUCUCAUCCCCAUCGACAAACCACCCCAUCCCUCCAAGAUCAAACAUGGCUCUUCACUGAAGAUGCAGUCCUCAACCACUCCCCUACCAGAUUACAAAAACUAACCAUCCCACAAGAACUAAAACUCAAAGAAUCAAUUCAUGAUUUCUUAAUCCACCUCGGACAUAAAUUAAAACUCGACGGUGCCACAAUCCUAACCACCACAAUCUAUCUCCAUCGAUUCUUCAUGCGAACCCUGAUCACAUCAUCGAAAUAUUGGGUUGCAUGUGCUGCAAUUGUCAUAUCUUGUAAAAUCAACGAUUGUUAUCGUCCGCCAGAUAAAGUGGCUCUAAUCGGGUGUAAUUUGAAAAAUCCGGGUCGUGGAGUGGUGAUUGAUGAACAGAAUGAGAUGUUUUGGAGGUGGAGGGAUCAGUUGUUGUAUAGGGAGGAAUUGAUGUUGAGGUUGUUGAAUUUUGAUUUGAAUGUGGAAUUACCAUAUUUGAUUCGGGAUGGGUUGAGUAAAUCGAAAGACGAGGGACUGGGGGAAGACCAAGAAGAGGAGCAGGUGUUUGAGACGAAGAAACGUGAUAUUUUGAAGAAUGCGACUACGUUGAUUGAAGUAUUGAGUUCAUUGCCGAUGUUGAUUGUAUAUGAGAUGAAAACUUUAUUUGCAACUUGUUUGAUAAUAAUCGUAAUAGAAGCCAGAGGGAAAAUGGAUCGACCAGAUUUGGAAUUACCUAAAAGAUACCUUGUGGAUGAAUUAGAUGUUGAUUUGGCCUCGGUUAGUGCUUGUUUCCAAUUCUUGAAGAAAUUGUUAAAGUAUAGUCAACAAGAUCCACAAGCUAUAAGUAAUAAAGCGGCAGCUAAAAGGAUAUUGUGUAUUCUGACAAGUACAUUUGAAGAGAUAAUCAAAUCGCAAGAGGCAGAAUAG